AUGGGGUCCGUAAAAUGGAUCAUGUUGAAUUUCCAUGUUUGGUGUAUGUGCCUGGAUUAUGGUUUAACAGUUCUUACUGUACCUAUCGUUAUAUUUCCUGCUUUAGGAGGUUAUCCAUUCGGUAUUCUCACUGAGUGGGGUGUAUCAGCGGAAUUUCAAACUUAUUUGAUAGUAACACUAAUUCCAGUAGUCUCUGCUGCAGUUAUCACAAUAUUCGAAAAUCGGUAUUUUCUGGUUUUCGGCCAUAAUUCGAAAUGGCGUAGAUUUCGAGUUUUACUUUCAAUUUUCAACUACUUGUACGCAGCUACAUGGUGUCUACCAUCUUUUAUGAUUAUUCCAGAACAAAAUAUGGCUAGAAAAGUGGCACUAGAAAUGCUUGGACCAAACGUCUCUGACUACAUUCGUCAUUUCCCAAUAUUCAUGAUGUCUCUAGAGAUAACAUAUCUCACAUUACCAUGUCUUCUAAUAGUUUUGACCUUCGCCACAGAAGUCAUCCUUUUUGUGGCAAUUAUUAAGAAAGGAAUGACAGAAUUGGCGAAAACUGCAAGGUUUUCCAAGAACACUUUGAAAAUGCAGAAGAACUUUUUGAAAGCUGUGUACAUACAGGUGUCCAUGUACAUGACGAGUAUUCAAUUGCCGCUGGCUUAUUUCUUUGUGUCCAUAUUUUUCAAAAUAUAUAACCAAUCUGCGAAUAACUUUUGUUUUGUCGUAUUCUCGCUUAAUGGACUUUCUUCGACAAUUUUGAUGCUAUGGGUUCAUACACCGUAUCGAGAUUUUUGUUAUAAACUUUUGAGAAUCGAGAAAUGGAGAAAGAAAAUAGGACAAGCUAAUUCUCAAGAUAAUGUUGUGUCCGUUGCUCCAACUGCUGCUCCCAAAUGA